AUGUCGUCAAUCGCCCGACCACCAGACCCAUGUCUAGUCGCAAUAAUCCUAAUUGUCCGCUCGCGUACCGGUCCCCGUCUCGUCUUCCAUUACCCACCGAACCCUUUGAGUGAAAACCGCGUAAAGACAACCACCAAGGGCGGGCGACGCAUCUCCCGCACGCGCACCAGACAAGGCGGCAGAAAUACCGACUCAAGCUCUAGCUCCGAGAGUGGACUCAGUUCCGAUGAAGAUGAGGAGGAGCGGGAGAUCCACGCUGCUGCGUUGGGGUCUGCGCCUGCAAUAGGUCGCCGCGCGAGCAACUUCGGUGUCGAUGACCAUGCCUCUGUCGCGUCGCUGAACACGGAAUCGCACCGGCCUGGAUCUUUAGGUUCUGGGCGAGUCUCCUCAUUGCGGAGGCAAAGGGGCGCGGGGUCGGAUAUGGAAGAUGAUGAGCAUGAGGGCUCGUUCCGGGCGCCUUGGGAGUCACUUCUUGGUGUUCCUGGGAGCGUGUGGGAGAAAUUACUCAGUCCAUCGAGGUCAUGGCAUAAGAGACGAUUUGAGGUCGGGAUCAAUGAUUUGGCGCUGAUUGGUUGGCCUGUUUUCGUACGUGAAGAUGGGAGCUGGCGCAAGCAGCGGCGAAAGAAGACGAAGAAGCCUCGUGCCGAGUGGGAAGGUGGGGAAUUGGGACAUAAUGAGACUGAGGAUGGUCAAAGGGAUGAGGAUAUGGUUCUUUCGCCUGAAAUGGUGGCUAGUGUUGCUUCUUUGGCUGAUUCGGCGGUUUCACCGACGGAUACUACGAAGAGGGCUUCCUAUGCUAGUAUGAAGCAUGGGAAGCAUGCUGAUGGAUCGGCGAACUCGGAUGAUAAGGACCAUAUGACGAUGUUUAAUGUGGUUUUUGUUAUGGAUCCUCCUCUGUUGGAGUAUUCGAUGCGGGUCAAGGAGAUCUAUGAGAACAUUAUCAAGAAAUUUGCGAAAGCUCUCAAGUGGGAGCAGGCUCGCACAGACUAUGUUUGGAGGGAAUCGCAACAUAUUCUGCAGCUGAGACGAAAGGCGCGGGAAACGAAAACAUCUGUGCACAAUCUCUAUUCGGAGUUGAUACAGCAGUCCUCUUUGGCACGAGCAAUGUAUACCGUCUACUCGAGUAUCUCAGCAUCGAAAAUUGCAUCCGUGUCACUCAGCCACGACGUUUCCAUUUCCUUGCAAAUCCCUCCACUUACUUCUACACCAUACCUCGCGGGACCAACAGACAAGGCGUAUCCGGGUCUUUGGUUGACUACCGCCGACAGCGCAACACCAGUGGAUGACCCGGGUGCUGACGAGAACAAUACACCUCAUCAAGUUCUUGCAAAGCACUUCGCCCUGCUCCUAUUGGAUAGUGAGGCAUCUAUCAUCAAGGACGUUGAGCUUUCAGGCGGUGCUCUUGCUCCUGCGCUAGCCCAUUACAUUCGAUGCUCAAAGCCCACCAAGUCUUUUGCGCAGAUAUCAAUGUCUUCGGGAAUUCCGCUUUCUACGAUCCAAAUGCUGGCAAGUCAUUUGCGAGACACGUACAUUGUGUCUCCUAAUUGUGACUUGAGCAAACUAGAAGUCGCAACCAUCGCCUAUCAGACGGCCUUCCCUACCUUGCCUAGCUUGCCGAAGAUGCUCUCUGCCCUGAGUGGCACGCCACGUCCCUACAGCAACUUCAUCCCAAGUAAGGAUCACAAGGAGGCGUACUUCAAUAUCCUGGCAUGGCUCCUCCGUGGUGGCUGGGUCACGCAAUUGCGAACAUUCGCUCGUAUCAAGGUAACGCCUGAAAUCAAAUUGGCUGUUGAGACGGCUCUCCGAAAAGAAGAAGUGGAUCGAUAUCUCGCUAAAGCCAGCUCCAACGCCGGGGUUGAUGAGGAAUCGACCGAUGAUGAAGACGACGCAAGCUCAUCGUCUUCGUCUUCACUGGCCAGCCAUGGCAGCGGCGAAGAGACACCCAUGCCGGGCCGAAACGAUCCGCAGUUGCAGCUCCGGACGUCCCAUAAGCUCCUCGACCGAUCCACAGCCCUGCGACUCUCAUCUCUUAUCCUCUCACCUCAUCGUGCCUCCCCACUCGAGUCCCGCUGGCUCGACGAAAUUGUCGCCCGGUUUCCAGAUAAGUCGGGCCCUAGACGAUCUCUUGAAGCGACGAGCCCGGACAUCGCGCCGAAGGAUAUGCACACCCUCCUGCAAAAGUAUUGGCCUAUAUUCUUGAAAUACUUCAACGGCAUCGACGCCCUGGAAAAGAUCCCCGUCCGGGAGACCCUGAAGCGGAAACUAGUUUGGCAGGUGCUAACGCGCCUUGGAUUCGUGACUGGGCCGAUGGGAGCGGUCGAGUUAGAUGCAAGGGAGCAGGUGCUGGUCAGUGUCCGGCAUUGGUAG